UUGUCCUCCAGUGACUUGGUUGAAGCAGGGGUUGUGGGCCUUGAAGAUGAGUCUCUCAUCCCUACUGAUCGGGGUGUGGACCGUACCCCGCCUGAGCCAGAGAGCAGCAGACAGGACACCUCUGAUUUCAUCAGCGUGAACGAGAGCAGCGGACAGCCGGGCGAAGGGUUGCUGAGCAGAGAGAGCAGCCGCUGUGAUGUUCUGCAGGAGCUGAAGGGCCUCCACGUGCUGGAGCAGCGGAUAAUGGAGGAGAACCUGAAGAUCCACGAGUUCAGGCGCUGCGAGCAGGAGGAGAGGCUGGCUGAGCGGCGGUCCGAGCAAACCGGCGGGAAGGGCCCGAGCAAGGACAGGCAGCUGUUCCUGAGGGAGCUGGAGAAGGAGAAGCGAGAGGUGGAGAAGCUGGAGAAGAGUCUGGAUAAGGAGAUGGCCAAAGGAGCUAAAGUGAAGAACAGGCUAAGCCGCGGUCGCAAAGUGGUGAAAUGCUCCAUAAUGGAGAGAACCUCAAAGCUGAAGAACCUGGAAGAUGGCGCACUGUGCGAUAAGCUUAUUUCAGGCUCCAAGAGCCAGGUGCCCAACAAAACGGACCCAACUCCCGGUCAGCAAGAUGACACAAACUGCAUCCCGGCUGAAUCAUCUACUGACGUGACCAUAAACGGUCGCAAUCAGGGUUGCAGCAGUAAGCCAGAGCUAUCGCAAGACGUAAGAUGGAGUCCAGAGAAUGUUGAGUCUUCUGCCAGUAACCGUCACCCAGAGGACAGCCCGCCUGCAUGUCCACGUGUUCCAAGUGAUGAAGGGAAUGCAUUGUGCUCCUCUGCCCUUGCUGAGCCCAGUGUGCCCAGCCAUGCCUCAGAAGAGGACAGAAAAUCCCCUCUGAAUGAUUUAACAGCCCCUGUGGAUUGUGCUACAGAGGUGGUGGACUGUUGCCCCCCAGGGGAGAUCGACCCUGAACAGAAUGAUUUAACAGCCCCCGUGGAUUGUGCUACAGAGGUGGUGGACUGUUGCCCCCCAGGGGAGAUCGAGCCUGAACAGAAUGAUUUAACAGCCCCCGUGGAUUGUGCUACAGAGGUGGUGGACUGUUGCCCCCCAGGGGAGAUCGAGCCUGAACAGUUAGCAUGUAGAACUUUGGAGCAGGGAGACUCUAAAACGCUGGCUGUUGAUGGAGCGCAGAGUCACAUUCCGGAGGCUUCCCUGACACCAGCAACUUGUCCCAAUCCUGGAGCGUUUGACCCGGGUGGCGACGCGAUCAAGGCUCCGGUGCCAAAACCAAGGAAGGCAGCCCGACCCCCAAACUCUGACAUGGGGCAAGUGCAGUGCUCUGAGGAAGAAGUACUCAAGAUGUCUCUUGCCUUGGUACCUAUACAGGACAACCCUGGCGCAAAGCUGCUCCUAAUGGUAGAGGAGCCCAAAACGCCUCCAAAGCCCAGAGAGCGAAAGAACAAGCCCUCAGCCCACCCGCAAGCCCCAGCAAUGAGCCCAGCUGUGUCACAGCACAGCAAUAACAACAAUAACAAAACCCCGCUUUCCGAAGAGCCUUCACCUUCAUGUGCGGCCCCUGAAAGCACUUCCACCGAGUCCUCUGACGUCUCGCUCGGAGAGUCGGCUGAAGCCGCAAAACCCUCCUCUCCAGAAGCGCCACCGAUUGAGCCAGAUGUGGAUGCUCCCCUGAGCGCCUCGGAGAAUACCCCUCCUGCGGACCCACCCUGCACGGAGAAGGGGGAGUCCCCACAGGUGUGUCCGGAGGAGGCCCCUCUGGGAUCAGGUGGGCUGGUGGAAGAGGCAGGCCCGCGGACCGAGGUGGAAACGCCGGCUGAGUGGCCGUCUCAGGACAGCGGAGCAGCAGUGAGAUCCAUCUGCAGGUCACCUGUCAAUGAGAACCUCCUCCACAUCAACACACGAGCGUUGACAGACUUCAAGACCCCCAUCGUUCUGGACACCGGAUCAGGUCUGGUGAAGGCUGGUUUUGCCGAUCAGGAUCUCCCAGGUGCCAUAUUCCCCACCGUCAUCGGAGUACCCAAGUAUGAGGAGAUUAUGAAUGGGAACUUUGAACGAGAGUCUUACAUCGGACAUGAGGCGCAGCAUAUGAGAGGCGUUCUUUCCCUGAAGUACCCCAUGAAGAAUGGCAUCGUUCGCAACUGGGACGAAAUGGAAAAGAUCUGGCACCAUACCUUCCAGCAGCUGCGUGCGGACCCGGAGGAGCACCCCGUGCUGCUGUCGGAGGCGGCCAUGAACCCCCGGGAGAACAGGCAGCGCAUGGUGGAGCUGAUGUUCGAGGCCUUCAGCGUGCCGUACGCCUACGUGGCCAUGCAGGCCGUGCUGGCGCUGUACGCUGCCGGGAGAACCACGGGUGUGGUGUUUGACUCUGGGGACGGAUCGAGCCACAGCGUCCCGGUGUUCGAGGGCUACUGUCUGCCUCACGCCGUGCAGCGUUUCACCCUGGCUGGCAUGGACGUCACACUGCACCUCCGGAAGCUGCUGCAGGAACAGGGCGUUGCCAUGCGUACGUCGGCGGAGCUAGAGAUCGUCAGGGAGAUGAAGGAGAGUUGCUGCUACGUGGCCCAGGACUACGAGGCGGAGCUGUGUGGCGGGGGGCCUGCCAGCAGCGAGGUCUAUUAUACCAUGCCUGACGGCCAGGUCAUCUGCCUCGGCACCGAGAGGUUCAGGGCAACAGAGAUCCUGUUCAAACCGGAACUCAUUGGACGAGACCAUUAUGGGAUGCACGAGAGCAUUUUCAAAUCCAUUCUUCAUUCCGACAUCGACCUCCGAAGGAGUUUCGUCGGAAACAUCGUUUUAUCAGGUGGCAACACUCUCCUGGCCGGCCUGCCUCAGCGUCUGCAGAGUGAGAUCAGGAACAUGGUGCCCGCAGACCUUGGCGAGAGCGUGCGGGUGACCAGCCCGAAGGACCGCGACUUCUCCGUUUGGAGCGGGGGUGCGGUGCUGGCCAGCCUCCCGUCCUUCGCCUCCGCGUGGAUCAGCGAGGAGGAGUACGAGGAGUUCGGCCCCCAGAUCGUCUUCAGGAAGUGCUUCUGA